AUGAAUGUAAAGAAAGAUGCUUUAGACCCAGGGUCAGACGUUAGGAAUCCACAGUCUCCUACAGAGCUACAGAGUAAGGAGCCUUUGAACAACGGGACGCUGAAAGUUGGUGAUCGCCCAGUCCAUGUUCUACAACACCAGGAUAUGAACGCUGACAGUAAGAAUCCUACAGCCACGGACUGCAUCUCUGAGUCCCAGCUGACAGAUGAAGGGUCUGAGAAACCAAGUGGAAAUGACCAGACUGAGAUGAUCGGUACUAGAAGUGGGCGUGUCAGGAAGAGUCUUGUUAGAUCAAACACAGUCCAAACCAGCUCAGUGAAUGACGGUGCCGCUCCCGGAGACGGUGCCUCUCCCAGAGAAGGCCAGCAAACGGCCGUCCGUUCAUGUAAAGUUAUCAUUGAAAGACUCAGCCCUGACAUGAGAGGAGAGGGGAUCAGUACAGCAGCCUUGCCUGUGGGCCGCUCCCCAGAACCUACAGGGAAAGUUCCUAUUGGGAAAGUUCGCUUUGAAAUGGGUCCUCCACUACCCCCUCUUCUAAUGCCUCUCACUGUAACUCCUCCAAGACCGGUAAAACCUGGCAAUCCAAGACAGGUGAUUGGUAAACUGUCCUUUCCCUCACCAAUGGAAGGGCCUGUUUUCCCUGUGGGGUCCCAAACAGCACCUGACGGUCAGAUGUUGAGCUCCCCGUCUCUAACUACCCCUCCGCCAGCCACUGAAGCCCCUUCCUCACCACUGCAGUUUGGUUCAGCCACUCCUAAACAUGCCGUUCCUGUUCCAGGGAGACUUCCUGCCUUCAGCUCCUCCUCCUCCUCCACUAGUCCCGCCCAGGAGAACUCCAUGAGGAUUCUAGACAGCAUGUAUCCAGAACUCUCCGCCCGUGCUCGGACUCUCAGUAUUCUCAGAGGAAACCUCUGUAUGUCUGCUGCUGAGACAGAGACAACACCCUCCAGCUCUGUCAGUCAGAUAUCUGGCUUCAAAACCAUCAACUCCUCGUCCACGGCUUUCACCAAAACGGAGCAAAGAGGGAAGCGAAGUGGAGUCAACAUGCUUCUACCAAAGAGUGCCAAAAGGCUGAGGCUGGAUAUCUGCUCCUCCAGCCCUGCUGCAGCAACAGCCAGCCCUGCUGCUAAUGGGAUAUCCUCCACAGCAUCAGCCAGUCCAGACCCAGUACUCAGGAAACCUCAACACGGGAGUACUUCACAGCCUACAGAGAAGGAGAAAGUGGUUGGGAAACCAGCAGGCAAAGCCUCCAUAUCCCAGGCCUUAGAGAAGAUAGCAGCCCAGUGUUUUGACCUGUUGCCUGUCAUCAAGAGUCACCUGUUUGUUGGGAAUCUGUCUAGGAAGCCUGUGUUUGUUGGGAAUCUGUCUAGGAAGCCUGUGUUUGUUGGGAAUCUGUCUAGGAAGCCUGUGUUUGUUGGGAAUCUGUCUAGGAAGCCUGUGUUUGUUGGGAAUCUGUCUAGGAAGCCUGUGUUUGUUGGGAAUCUGUCUAGGAAGCCUGUGUUUGUUGGGAAUCUGUCUAGGAAGCCUGUGUUUGUUGGGAAUCUGUCUAGGAAGCCUGUUUGUUGGGAAUCUGUCUAGGAAGCCUGUGUUUGUUGGGAAUCUGUCUAGGAAGCCUGUGUUUGUUGGGAAUCUGUCUAGGAAGCCUGUGUUUGUUGGGAAUCUGUCUAGGAAGCCUGUGUUUGUUGGGAAUCUGUCUAGGAAGCCUGUGUUUGUUGGGAAUCUGUCUAGGAAGCCUGUGUUUGUUGGGAAUCUGUCUAGGAAGCCUGUGUUUGUUGGGAAUCUGUCUAGGAAGCCUGUGUUUGUUGGGAAUCUGUCUAGGAAGCCUGUGUUUGUUGGGAAUCUGUCUAGGAAGCCUGUGUUUGUUGGGAAUCUGUCUAGGAAGCCUGUGUUUGUUGGGAAUCUGUCUAGGAAGCCUGUGUUUGUUGGGAAUCUGUCUAGGAAGCCUGUGUUUGUUGGGAAUCUGUCUAGGAAGCCUGUGUUUUGUUGGGAAUCUGUCUAGGAAGCCUGUGUUUGUUGGGAAUCUGUCUAGGAAGCCUGUGUUUGUUGGGAAUCUGUCUAGGAAGCCUGUGUUUGUUGGGAAUCUGUCUAGGAAGCCUGUGUUUGUUGGGAAUCUGUCUAGGAAGCCUGUGUUUGUUGGGAAUCUGUCUAGGAAGCCUGUGUUUGUUGGAAUCUGUCUAGGAAGCCUGUGUUUGUUGGGAAUCUGUCUAGGAAGCCUGUGUUUGUUGGGAAUCUGUCUAGGAAGCCUGUGUUUGUUGGGAAUCUGUCUAGGAAGCCUGUGUUUGUUGGGAAUCUGUCUAGGAAGCCUGUGUUUGUUGGGAAUCUGUCUAGGAAGCCUGUGUUUGUUGGGAAUCUGUCUAGGAAGCCUGUGUUUGUUGGGAAUCUGUCUAGGAAGCCUGUGUUUGUUGGGAAUGUCUAGGAAGCCUGUGUUUGUUGGGAAUCUGUCUAGGAAGCCUGUGUUUGUUGGGAAUCUGUCUAGGAAGCCUGUGUUUGUUGGGAAUCUGUCUAGGAAGCCUGUCUAGGAAGCCUGUCUAGGAAGCCUGUGUUACGCGAUGAGGAGAAGGAGGUCCUCUCUGAGUUCUCAAACGAUCAGGUUAGUCACCUACAGCUUUAUCUAGUAGUCUACAUAGCAUAUUUAUCUUAGUGUCUUUAAAGAGAUGCUUCGGGAUUUUGGCAAUGAGGCCCUUUUAUCUACUUCCCCAGAGUCCGAUGAACUCGUGGACACCAUUUUUAUGUGUCUCUGUGCAGUUUGAAGGAAGUUGCUAACUAGCUCUAGCACAAUAGCUAACUAGCGUUAGCGCAAUGACUAGAAGUCUAUGGUAUCUGCUAGCAGAUACCAUAGACUUCCAGUCAUUGUGCUAAUGCUAGUUAGCAUUGGCGCACAAAACUACCUCAAACGUCUUUCAUACUGGACGCAGAGACACAAACAGUAUUUACAAGUUCAUCUGACUCUGGGGAAAAUCAUUGCCAAAAUCCCCAAGUAUCCCUUUAGCUUGUAGACCUAAACACCUCUGACAUGGUUGUCCUGUGAAUCAUUGGUACAUGGUUGUCCUGUGAAUCAUUGGUACAUGGUUGUCCUGUGAAUCAUUGGUACAUGGUUGUCCUGUGAAUCAUUGGUACAUGGUUGUCCUGUGAAUCAUUGGUACAUGGUUGUCCUGUGAAUCAUUGGUACAUGGUACAUGGUUGUCCUGUGAAUCAUUGGUACAUGGUUGUCCUGUGAAUCAUUGGUACAUGGUUGUCCUGUGAAUCAUUGGUACAUGGUUGUCCUGUGAAUCAUUGGUACAUGGUUGUCCUGUGAAUCAUUGGUACAUGGUUGUCCUGUGAAUCAUUGGUACAUGGUUGUCCUGUGACUUGUCAGCCUCUGGCAGAUGAUCUGAUGUCAGUGAUGCUGACUAAGCUGAAGACUGAGAGGACUGAGCUCAGUGGCUCUCACCUCCAGGCUCUGGUUCGAGUCUACACUGCUCUGUGCCGACAGAGGAGGGACUGGGACAGAGCACAUAUCCUGGCCUACAGCAUCCUUAUAGAAGGUAACACGUCCUGGACUACAGCAUCCUUAUAGAAGGUAACACGUCCUGGCCUACAGCAUCCUUAUAGAAGGUAACACGUCCUGGCCUACAGCAUCCUUAUAGAAGGUAACACGUCCUGGCCUACAGCAUCCUUAUAGAAGGUAACACGUCCUGGCCUACAGCAUCCUUAUAGAAGGUAACACGUCCUGGCCUACAGCAUCCUUAUAGAGGGUAACACGUCCUGGCCUACAGCAUCCUUAUAGAAGGUAACACGUCCUGGCCUACAGCAUCCUUAUAGAAGGUAACACGUCCUGGCCUACAGCAUCCUUAUAGAAGGUAACACGUCCUGGCCUACAGCAUCCUUAUAGAAGGUAACACGUCCUGGCCUACAGCAUCCUUAUAGAGGGUAACACGUCCUGGCCUACAUCAUCCUUAUAGAAGGUAACACGUCCUGGCCUACAGCAUCCUUAUAGAAGGUAACACGUCCUGGCCUACAGCAUCCUUAUAGAGGGUAACACGUCCUGGCCUACAGCAUCCUUAUAGAAGGUAACACGUCCUGGCCUACAGCAUCCUUAUAGAAGGUAACAUGUCCUGGCCUACAGCAUCCUUAUAGAGGGUAACACGUCCUGGCCUACAGCAUCCUUAUAGAAGGUAACACGUCCUGGCCUACAGCAUCCUUAUAGAAGGUAACACGUCCUGGCCUACAGCAUCCUUAUAGAAGGUAACACGUCCUGGCCUACAGCAUCCUUAUAGAAGGUAACACGUCCUGGCCUACAGCAUCCUUAUAGAGGGUAACAUGUCUUCAUUGAACAGCUUGAGUUGACUGACAUCACGUGACUUCACAGCUUGAGGUGACUGACAUCACGUGACUUCACAGCUUGAGGUGACUGACAUCACGUGACUUCACAGCUUGAGGUGACUGACAUCACGUGACUUCACAGCUUGAGGUGACUGACAUCACGUGACUUCACAGCUUGAGUUGACUGACAUCACGUGACUUCACAGCUUGAGGUGACUGACAUCACGUGACUUCACAGCUUGAGGUGACUGACAUCACGUGACUUCACAGCUUGAGUUGACUGACAUCACGUGACUUCACAGCUUGAGUUGACUGACAUCACGUGACUUCACAGCUUGAGUUGACUGACAUCACGUGACUUCACAGCUUGAGGUGACUUAGUUGAUGUUGUUUUCCUUCGCCACAGAUUUCCCUGAGUCAGCCAAGCUGGUUCUGUUCAUGGUGACGACGUGGCCCAACGUGUUCUCCUGCAGGACUGUAGUGUGUCGGGCCGUACACACGGUCACCAAGGCCAAAGCACAAGGAGAGGUGCUCCACUGCCUAACUGCUUACCUGGGAUGGGAGAAGGUAUGGCAUCUCUGUAAUGUUGUUCUGUGGGCAUGAAUGGGUUAUGGCUUUACUGUUGUCUGUUGUUCUCCACUGUUUCAUCCAUUAACAGAGGGAAGAGUUGUCAGUAUUCUCGGGGCGGCAGGUAGCUUAGUGGGUAAGAGCGUUGUGCCAGUAACCGAAAGGUCGCUGGUUCUAAUCCCCUAGGUGAAAAAUCUGUCGAUGUGCCCUUGAGCAAGGCACUUAACCCUAAUUGCUCCUGUAAGUCGCUCUGGAUAAGAGCGUCUGCUAAAUGACAAAAAAUGUAAAAUGUAAAUGCAUUCUGAGAAGGCAAUGCCUGGCUGUUUCCUGUAUGUGUAUUGUGAAGCUUUGACUUCAUGCCAUGUCUGUGUCCCCAGAGUCCUCCUAGUGACUUGGAUCAGUUGGUUUCCUGCACGUUGAUGUCCGUCAGAGCUGCAGCUGAGAUGACCUUCCAGAAACACCCCCGACAGGGAGAGGACCUGAACCCUGUUGCCUGGCAACACAUUUUCACCCUGGAGCUGCUCUGCUCUCAUACGCGCUGGAAGUGGACCCAUGACAACCUACUGAGGUACCAAACUGGCUGCCACAGCUGGACUGAAAGUCAUCAGCUAACAAACAAUGAAGACAUAACAUACAUUUAGCAAACUCUUAAUGCCAUUAUGACCAUCCAGAUAGAUAUUAAUCUAGCUAGUCAGCAUGUAAAAACAAAAACAACCUAAAAAUGAUUUUGUAAAGCGUUGAAGGAUGGUUAGAUAAUAAUUUAAGUAGCCAACUCAGCCAGUUAGCCCCAUUUUUGAUUUAAACUGCAGACCCGACCAAAUUAACAUAGAAAUAUGAGUUAUAGAUCUGUGAUUCUCAUUGAAAGCAAGUCUUAAGAAGUGGUAGAUCUGUUCUAUGUGAGCUAUUUCUAUGCUACCCGGUCUUAAAUUUCGUUUUUGCGUCUUUUACUUUUGGUUUUGUACACCAGCUUCAAACAGCUGAAAAUACAAUAUGUUUGGUUAUGGAAAUAUAUAUUUCACAGUGAUUUAGAUGGUACAAUGAUUCUCUACACUAUACAUGCUUGUUUUGUCACAGAAAUUUAGCAAACUUUUAGAAUGUUAGCAACCAGGAAACAUAGGCUUGGAUUAGCAUGGCUAGCACACUGCAGUGGAUAUUGAGGAAACAUGACAAACUGAACACAGUAGAAACGGUAUGUUGGGUUGUGUAUGGAUCACCAUAUCAGUCAGUAAAUCAUGGCCUUAUCUGUUUAGUUCUUUAUUUCUCUGUUUUUAAAGUAAAGAGCUGUGGCCCAUGAUGAACUCCUGGGUGACCCAGCCCAGAUCAGGACAGACACCCAUCCAGGAUGUCACUGUGGCUGCAGUCCUCAGACUCAUAGGUGGGUGGUGGUGGUUGUGGUGGUGGUUGGUGGUUGGUGGUGGGUGGUGGGUGGUGGGUGGUGGGUGGUGGUGGUGGUGGUGGUUUUUGGGUAUAAUUGUUUUAUGAAACACUUGAUAUGAUUUGUACUGACCAAUGAAGUGUAACCAUGAGAACCUCCUCGCAGGGCGCCUUGGGCAGCUUGGAAUAAAGGAGAGAUGCAGCUCGUCUGUGAAGAACAUUGCCAGUGUCAUCAACACAUUCGCCAGACACGCUCAGUCGGAAGGUAAUCUACUGUAAAGGUUCUGAAUGGUUCAUCUUAUAUACACUGCUCCAAAAAAUAAAGGGAACACUUAAACAACACAAUGUAACUCCAAGUCAAUCACACUUCUGUGAAAUCAAACUGUCCACUUAGGAAGCAACACUGAUUGACAAUGCAUUUCACAUGCUGUUGUGCAAAUGGAAUAGACAACAGGUGGAAAUUAUAGGCAAUUAGCAAGACACCCCCAAUAAAGGACUGGUUUUGCAGGUGGUGACCACAGACCACUUCUCAGUUCCUAUGCUUCCUGGCUGAUGUUUUGGUCACUUUUGAAUGCUGGCGGUGCUUUCACUCUAAUGGUAGCAUGAGACGGAGUCUACAACCCACACAAGUGGCUCAGGUAGUGCAGCUCAUCCAGGAUGGCACAUCAAUGCGAGCUGUGGCAAGAAGGUUUGCUGUGUCUGUCAGCGUAGUGUCCAGAGCAUGGAGGCGCUACCAGGAGACAGGCCAGUACAUCAGGAGACGUGGAGGAGGCCGUAGGAGGGCAACAACCCAACAGCAGGACCGCUACCUCCGCCUUUGUGCAAGGAGGAGCAGGCGGAGGACUGCCAGAGCCCUGCAAAAUGACCUCCAGCAGGCCACAAAUGUGCAUGUGUCUGCUCAAACGGUCAGAAACAGACUCCAUGAGGGUGGUAUGAGGGCCCGACGUCCACAGGUGGGGGUUGUGCUUACAGCCCAACACCGUGCAGGACGUUUGGCAUUUGCCAGAGAACACCAAGAUUGGCAAAUUCGCCACUGGCGCCCUGUGCUCUUCACAGAUGAAAGCAGGUUCACACUGAGCACAUGUGACAGACGUGACAGUCUGGAGACGCCGUGGAGAACGUUCUGCUGCCUGCAACAUCCUCCAUCAUGACCGGUUUGGCGGUGGGUCAGUCAUGGUGUGGGGUGGCAUUUCUUUGGGGGGCCGCACAGCCCUCCAUGUGCUCGCCAGAGGUAGCCUGACUGCCAUUAGGUACCGAGAUGAGAUCCUCAGACCAUAUGCCUGUGAGACCAUAUGCUGGUGUGGUUGGUCGUUUAUUGGGGGUGUCUUGGUUGUCAGCAGUUCCUGCAAGAGGAAGGCAUUGAUGCUAUGGACUGGCCCGCCCGUUCCCCAGACCUGAAUCCAAUUGAGCACAUCUGGGACAUCAUGUCUCGCUCCAUCCACCAACGCCACGUUGCACCACAGACUGUCCAGGAGUUGGCGGAUGCUUUAGUCCAGGUCUGGGAGGAGAUCCCUCAGGAGACCAUCCGCCACCUCAUCAGGAGCAUGCCCAGGCAUUGUAAGGAGGUCAUACAGGCACGUGGAGGCCACACACACUACUGAGACUCAUUUUGACUUGUUUUAAGGACAUUACAUCAAAGUUGGAUCAGCCUGUAGUGUGGUUUUCCACUUUAAUUUUGAGGGUGACUCCAAAUCCAGACCUCCAUGGGUUGAUAAAUUUGAUUUCCAUUGAUAAUUUUUGUGUGAUUUUGUUGUCAGCAUAUUCAACUAUGUAAAGAAAAAAGGAUUUAAUAAGAUUAUUUCAUUCAUUCAGAUCUAGGUGAAUGUGUUUUUUUUAGUGUUCCCUUUAUUUUUUUGAGCAGUAUAUAUUCGUCUCCCGAGUGGCGCAGUGGUCUAAGGCACUGCAUCACAGUGCUAGCUGUGCCACUAGAAAUCCUGGUUCGAAUCCAGGCUCUGUCGUAGCCGGUCGCGACCGGGAGACCCAUGGGGCGGCGCGCAAUUAGCCCAGCAUCAUCCAGGGUAGGGGAGGGAAUGGCCGGCAGGGAUGUAGCUCAGUUGGUAGAGCAUGGUGUUUGCAACGCCAGGGUUGUGGGUUCGAUUCCCACGGGGGGCCAGUAUGAAGAAAAGAAAAAAUAUUAUGUAUAACUGUAAGUCGCUCUGGAUAAGAGCAUCUGCUAAAUGACACACAAAAAAAUAUAUAUAUAUAUCAUUGGUAGUUUUACUCAGAUGGACUACCAUCCCAGUUGCUUUAACCGGCAGAAUAUCUAUUGUCAAGAUGAAUAUACUGCCACGGCUGAAUUCGUGCAGUUCAAUGCUUCCCUUGUCUCUCCCUUCUGGCUAUUGGGAUAAAAUUCAUAGUGCGGUUUCAAAAUGUAUAUGGAAAGGUAAACGAUCCCGGGUUAAAAUUAAUAAACUUACAAAGAGGGAAAGACGUAGGAGGACUAUCUGUACCAAACUUUAAAUUGUAUUUCCAGGCACUAGCAUUUCGCCCCAUCAUAAAUUGGUUUAGACAUGAUUGGUCUGCCCCCUGGCUGAGUAGAGAGAGAAAUAUGUGACCGACCGCCUCGAUUUGGUCUUAUGUAGCAACAUUUGAAAUUGUGUUUUUUACAUUGGAUAAAAGUAGAGACUCAGAGCUAGAAAAUGGUAUAUCAUACACUACAGUUGAGGAGCAAUGGGAAAGUAAUUUUGCUUUGAAAGUUGAUCAUCUUGUAACCCCACUUUUGAGAGAAUUUUCCUUGAAUGUUUUGCUAACUACUGGAGAGCUCUUCUUUGUCUCCACCCAUUCAGCAUCGUUCACACCCUCUUAAGCCUUAGCCCCACCCAUCUCUUUAAGGAUUCACAUGUGAGGCCAUGUGCUAAACACACACUACAUCAAAUAAAAUCUAAGUUUAUUUGUCACAUGCACAGGAUACAGAAGGUGUAAACGGUACAGUGAAGUGCUUACUUGCAUAGUAGCAAUAUCAAAAACAGAAUGUGUCCAGAUAAAAAUAUUUUAUGAAUAUUUUAUCAUUUAUUAGAUGACGCUUACCCGACACAGUAAAUUGAUGGGUCAUGUGAAAGAAAUGCUAUAACCACCCCCCAGCCACAUCUAGCUAAGUGGAUGGGUCACUAUUGUCUAGACAUGUACACAUGUUCAUGAAAUACAAUAGAUGGCCGUAAUCACACCCAGACACACCUGGCUAAUUUGAUGGGUCAUGUAAUAAUCCGUCCGAACUGGAGUCUUCUGUUUAGACAUGUAGCUAGCUAGCUAAACAAUGAACCGGCAUAAUCCCAACUCAUACUACUACCAAUACAAACAUUGCCAUAGCUGUAGUGUGAAUCUGCAGGUAGCUAAAGCUAACACAUUAGGUUCAAUGUUAGCUAGCUAACAUUAGGCUAUAAUUAGCAAUGCAAAUGGUCAGCGGGAAGGUUCUUGUCUUUUUCCAUGGCUAAACCAACAAGGCUCAUAAUUUAACAAUUUUAUUAGUAUUUGUGGAUGGAAUACAAGUUUGUUAUUAAGGCACAUGAAAGUUCACAUGUUCCAGAAGGCAUUUCUGCCAAAAAAAAACGCAUUUACGUUCAAAUGCCGCUCCUGUGAAAUAUUGACGUGGGACAUACCAGAGAACAUGAGGGUGAUUUUCUGGAGAAAAAAAAUCUCAAUUUGUCUGUCAUAGUUGACGUGUACCUAUGAUGAAAAUUACAGGCCUCUCUCAUCUUUUUAAGUGGGAGAACUUGCACAAUUGGUGGCUGACUAAAUACUUUUUUCCCCCACUGUAUAUCCCUUAAACAAUGUAAUAUGGUGUCUCCUACUGCCCUGGAAGAGGUGGUUUCUUAAACAAUGGAAAUUACUCUUUGGUUUUAUUAUUGCUCUCACAAUUUCUGUUUCACGCAAAAUGUAAAAGCAAUGUAACUGCGAAUCAAAAUGGCGUGGCCAUACUCCAAUAUUUAACAAGAAUGCCCUGUGAUCAGGAGGGUGGCCUUUUGCAUCCCCGAAAUGGUCAAAAUGUAGAAUCUGUACCCUUACCGAUAUCAUGGACAGUAAUUGGGGGGGGAUGUAAAGUGAGACUCUGGAGGGAUGAAUGGAUGGAAUGGAUGGAUGGAUGGGGUGGGUGGAUGGAUGGAAUGGAUGGAAUGGAUGGGGUGGGUGGAUGGAUGGGGUGGGUGGAUGGAUGGAAUGGAUGGAUGGAUGGAAUGGAUGGAUGGAUGGAAUGGAUGGGGUGGGUGGAUGGGGGGGGUGGAUGGAUGGAAUGGAUGGAUGGGGUGGGUGGAUGGAUGGAUGGGGGGGUGGAUGGAUGGAAUGGAUGGAUGGGGUGGAUGGAUGGAUGGAUGGAUGGGGGUGGGUGGGUGGAUGGAUGGGGUGGGUGGAUGGCUGGAUGGAUGGGGUGGGUGGAUGGAUGGAUGGAUGGGGUGGGUGGAUGGAUGGAUGGAUGGGUGGAUGGGGUGGGUGGAUGGAUGGAUGGAUGGGGUGGGUGGAUGGAUGGAUGGAUGGAUGGAUGGAUGGGGUGGGUGGAUGGGGUGGGUGGAUGGAUGAGAGGGAGACCGAUAAGCAACGUCAGUUUCUGGGUGGGGUGGUAUGGCAUAUAUCAUAUGAAUAUAUCUGAAUGAUUGACUUCCAGUGUUAUACCUCUACCUGUAACCAUAACCCUUAAAAAAAAUAAAAUAAUUCUGCUCAGAUGAGACUGGACAGAUAUGUGUGUCUGUAUUGGACAGAUGGCCAACCAAUGAGUCUCUGUGAUGUCAUUUCCAGGUGUUCCCUGGGAGGUCCAGCUGGCAGCUGUCUACACCGUCUAUGACCUGUCGCCUGGCAACCCCAAGGAGGCCCUGGCUGCACUGGCGUCAUGGCGAGAAGAGACCACCCAGCCCGUCCCCCCCGCU